GAAUUGCCUUACAUCCACUUUUCUUACUCUUAGAAAUCACAUCAUGUUAACUUCCGCUCGUACCUUCCUUUCUCGCAGUGGCAUCUCGAACGUGGCAGCGCGUUCGUUCGCACAAGGCCCGGCAUCGGGUGGCUCGAUUUCCGACGACCUACUCCAAAAGCUCGGCAGUCUUUCUACGCAAGCGCUGGUAGACGGUCUCUGGGUCAUGGGCUGGCCUAGCGCACAGAUUGACGGCGCUCGUCCUUUGUCCGCGAGUAUGAAGUGCGUUGGACGUGCCGUCACUCUCAACUUUGUCCCGGCUCGUCCCGAUAUUGCUCAAGACAAACCCGCCGGGGGGCAGUCACCCGAGUACGAAGCUUUUGAAUUGUGUGGGCCCAACGAAGUCCUCGUCAUGGCUUCCGUUGGACCUUGGGAAUCCGUUGGAGGAGAUAUUAAAUUCCUCCGUCUCAAGCAGCGUGCCAUUGGUGGACUCGUCACGGACGGAAGCGUACGCGAUACCGACGAAAUCAUCAAUUACGGAUUCCCCUGCUUUGCUUACAGUACUACCGCACGCCAGGGACCUGCGGCGAUGCAGCCGUGGGAGUGCAACGGUGUCUUGAACAUUUCUGGAAUCACCGUGAGGCCGGGUGACGCAAUUGUUGGUGACCAGGAUGGGGUAGUCUGCGUCCCAGCCAAGGUUGCCGAAACGGUCUACAACAUUGCGCACGGAAGGGAGGUCAUCGAAGGUAUCGUCAAGGAGGAACUCGUUAAGAAUCCGGGACCUCCCGGGAAAUUCUAUCCCUUCAUGUCGGGCAAAAUCAAACCGGAAUCCCCGCUCGGACAGCUUUUGGCAUCCAAAGGAAUUACGCCCGAGAACUCGAAUCAGUUUGAAGGAACCGCGGACUGGUAAACACAUUAGACUAUU